GUCUCCGCCCCAUAUGUGAGAAGCGGAAGAGCGACCGGAGAAGUCGUCGCCGCUGCCCGAGAUAGGAGCAUGGGUUCGGCCAGCCCGAGCACCGCGUCUCCCCGCCGGGUCCUGCACCUAGUCCUGCGCCUCUCACUGCUGCUGACUGCCGCCCGGGGGCUCCGGGUCAUCACAGAGCCGCAGUACAACUGCUCCCAGCCGGGCAUUCAGUGCACCGUCCUGGACAGUAACUGCUUUGACCUAAGCUGGCUUCAUCCAUACAACUGGACGCCCUCCCGUCCUUACGACAUGGAGGUCACACCUAGGAUUGGACGGAGCGAGAAUGGGCAAAAGGUGCCCGUGCUGGACAUUACCUGGACCGUGGACAUAGACUCCAGUAUACGGACGCUACAAGGUGCGGAGAUCUCCGUCCUGGCGCUGGGCACCAGCAUGAACCGGUGCGUUCAGUUCCAGUUUGGCAACGAGUUCCCGGGACAGCGCAACGGAAACGGAUCUCUGUGGCGGUUCUCCUACGAUAGGUUCCAGGCGGACCCUGGCGCCGAGUACCUGGUGACUGUCCAGCACCUGCCCAAGCAGCAAACCUACAACCGCAAGGAGAAGAGGAUCCGUGUGCCAAAUUGCUCUGACGACUACAUAAUGCAGACAGACACCUGCUGUGACAGAGGAUAUUGCUGGAACCCGAAUAUCAGCCUGGAGGUUGGCAUGGACAGAUUAAUAGUGACCUUUACCCCUCAAUAUGACUUCUGGGAAUAUUGGGUACAAGUCACCUUCCCGGAAGGCAGGAUCGCGUCUGAGAGGGUCACGCUCCAGCAGGGGGCGCCCUCUGACCGUGUGCAGGUUCCCUUCUCCAGUCCGGUGAUGCAUAAACCGUGCCGGUAUACCAUUUCGGUUUGGCAUCUCGGGUGCAGUAACGAUUGUGUGCGGAUAACCUACACCCCACCCUGUCCUCCAACCCCUACGACUACCCCAACCCCUCCCGAGCAUCCGGGUCGUUACUACCUGUGGAUAAUUGCAGCCACGGUCACAUUGGUCGUCUUCACCACUAUCGUCGUCAUGUUAUAUUGUGGUCACGAAUGCAUCAGCAGACACCACAAAGAUUCAGCCGAACCAAAUCUGCCACCAGUCAUCCCUGAACCGGCCAAACGGAAGGUGUGGCUGGUGUACUCCGCCGACCACAAGCUCUACGUCGACGUGGUCAUAAAGUUGUCAGAUUUCCUGCGAGUGGCAUGGGGCUUGGAUGUAAUCCUGGACCGACUUCACGUUCAAGACAUUGGCGUAACCGGUGCCAUGGCCUGGCUGAGCCGUCAGAAGGAAGAAAUGGAGAAGGAGGACGGCACGAUUCUCAUUCUCUGUUCUCGGGGGGCCCAAGAAAAAUGGAAGGCUAUGCAGAACCGCCAGGAGCACAGGGUCAAUUUGAGAGAGGACAUCAGACACCAGUUCGGAGACCUUUUCACCCCUGCGCUCACUCUCAUCCUCCCUGAUUUUCAGAAGGCGCGGCCCUACGACCGUUACGUGGUUGCCUAUUUUGGUAGGCUCUUUGAUCUUGGACAUGUGCCCUCACCCUUGGAAAUAUGCCCAAAGUUUGCCCUGACAGAAAACCUUCAGCUGCUGUUCUUCCGCAUACAAAGACAAGAAAGUCAUCAGCCCAACAUGGAACUUACCGUCGUACAUGAAGAAAACCCGAACUACCAGCAUUUAAUGGAGGCCAUUGAGCAGUGCCGGAAGUGGCAGGAGGAACACUUGGACUGGUUUGAGAUAGAGUGUUCCUCAGAAGAUGGCGUGGAUUCUAUAAGCACAGAAGGAGAAGACGACAGAGAAGAGGCUGUUGACUGUAAUCUCACACGUAAAGUCAAGCCUCUUAUCCGUUGUCCCGAGAUUUCAGUCUCUAUGGUAGAUCCAUUGAUUAAAAUUCCAUAUCCCGUCAUGGUAGCCGACCCUACAAUUGUGCUUGGACCUCCAGUCUCCCAUGUGGAGCCUCUCCUGAGUGAUACCAAUCCAACUGUAUCCUUUUUACAGCCUUUACUUCAAGCAGAAGAGUCAAGUGAAGCUUUCAUUAUGGAGCCACUCGUGGUGGGUUUAGACAUGUCUCUCCCGGAACUCAACAGACCUUUACUUGACCAAGACUUGACCAUCCAGUCCAACCCUGGAUUCCAGUCCAUGGAUUAUGUGAGUGAAGCACAGAAGCGUUUUUUCUACCAGAGCUUCCUACAGGGUCCAUGUGCGACACCCAACGUGGACCUCAUUGUAGCUUUGCCCGAUGACCGCCAUGAGCCACCCCAGCCCAAUUACCAAGAGGGGGAUUGUGAGACACCCAACAUGGACCUCAUUGUAGCUCUGCUCGAUGACCGCCAUGAGCCACCCCAGCCCAAUUACCAAGAGGGGGAUUGUGUGACACCCAACGUGGACCUUAUUGUAGCUCUGCCUGACGACCGCUAUAAGCCACCCCAGCUGAGUAACCAGGAGGUCCAGUGUGUUGUUCCCAAUGUAAACUUUGUCAAACCUCAGACCGAUCAACUGCACCAGCAGACAACAGACCAGGGGUAUAACUCCUGGAACCCAAACGAUGGGGACUUACAGGCAAUAAAGGAGGAAUCAUUGAGGCUGUUACUGCAGAACGGGGGUUUGCUGGACUUCCAGUGAGUCUAUGAAGGCCACUUUCUCCUAAAAUUCUGCUCUUUGGGACAAUGUGUGCAUUUCAUGUUCUAUUUCUAGGUUUUUGUUUGUAUGCCCUUCCCCUGUAUGGACUGUACCUCGAUUGGACAGAGGAGGCAAGCCUGAUACCCAACCAUCACCUAUAAUGGUCAAAUUGUUCUUCCUUAGUCUAUCUUGUCCCGGUAAAUGGCAUCUGGGUCUUUUCUCUUGACAAGGCCACUAAACAUGAGCUAAGUAUCAGUCCCCUGAAAUAGGCAUCACUUCACACAACAACCACAUGCAGGUCUGCCAUUAUAAAGAUCAGGCCCAAGUACGAAGAGGGGCGUGGUCAUGGGGUGAGGGCAUGCUGCAUUGUCGAAAGGGGUGGGGCCGGCACAUUUGCAUUCCCCCCACCGGAUACAAGUCAGUGAUCCUUUUGUGGAUGUGAAUAUAUAUACUAUUUGUAAUAGUCUGUACGUAUGUGUUUUGUUGUCUAUUUGUUUUUUCACCCUUGUACGGACGGAGCUAAGGAACCCUUGUGGCGCCUUAUAAUUAAAUGAUGAUGAUGAGAAUAUAGGAGGCGUUGCAUUUAAGGUAAAUUGGGGCAGAUGUAUUAACCUGGAGGAGGCGUAAGGAAGUGAUAAAC